AUGAAACUUAUAGUUUGCAAUGAACUUCAAAGUAUAGAUACAACAAAAGUUUUGAACUCAGAUGCUUUGAAGAGUCUUAUAACAGAUAAAGUUGGAGUUGUUGAAAGAAAGUAUAAAGACUCAAGAGUUUAUGAGAAUGUUGCAAACUUCAUUAUGGUUUCAAACAAUGCUGUUCCGAUGAAGUUAGAAAGUUCUGACAGAAGAUAUGUAGUUGUCAGAACGUCAGAUUCUCAUAUGCAAGAUACAGAAUAUUUUGACGACUUAGCAGAAACUUUGACACCAGAGUUUUACAACCAUUUGUUCUCAUACUUUAUGACAUUAGAUAUUUCUAACUUCAAUCCAAGACAAAUUCCACAUACCGAAGAGAGACAAACAUUGUUAGAAGCAAACAAGAGUGUUUAUGAACUGUUCGUAGAUGAAACUGACUUUGUGUCAUUAGAUGAAAGGUCAUUAUAUGAUGAAUAUAAACAAUAUUGUCAAGAGUAUGGUUAUAUGCCAGCGUCUAAACGAACAUUCUUGGCAAAUGUCAAAACUCUUUUAGACGUACAGAAUGGUGUAUAUACAAAGAAAAUUUUUUCUGAGUAA